CCCCAGUACUUUUGUCACUAAUUUUAUCCGCAAAACCCCAAAAUCAUUCAAUUCAUUAGAACCCAAAAAUGGGAAUCAAUUUUCUAACAAGCUUAGCUAAACGCACCAUAAUUCAACAUUCAAAGCGCAGUUUCAUUUCCAAGAAUUCAAUUUCCAGAAUAUGGACUGAUUCUAACUCUUGUACUAACAAUUUCAAAACAACUACAGUUCCUACAACCCCUUCUUCUUUCUCAUCUUUGUUUAUCCUUCGAAAAUCAUAUUCAUCUGCCUCUUCAAAAACCCAAGUGGGAUUUUUGGGAUGGUAUUUAGGAGCUUUAGAGUCUCGUCCAAUUAUUACAAAAAGUGUAUCCUCUGCUAUUAUUUAUGCUGCUGCUGACCUAACUUCCCAGAUGAUUACGAUGUCACCUUCAGAUUCUUUAGAUAUAAUUAGGACUCUGCGCAUGGCUGGCUUUGGACUAUUAAUUUUAGGAACAGCUCAACAUUAUUGGUUUAACUUUGUGGGGAGGGUAUUGCCAAAUCGGGAUAUCGUUAGUACGUUGAAGAAACUGUUGAUGGGACAGCUUGCUUUUGGGCCUGUGAUUAACUCUGUUUUCUUCUCUUUCAAUGCUGCUCUACAAGGUGAGAAUGGGGAGGAAAUCGCUGCAAGAUUGAAGCGUGACCUGCUCCCAACAAUGAUGAAUGGCCUAAUGUACUGGCCGUUUUGUGAUUUCUUGACAUAUAAAGUAAUCCCUGUCCAUUUGCAGCCAUUGGCCAAUAGUGCAUUCGCAUAUGCAUGGUCGAUCUAUUUGACAUAUGUGGCAAGUUUGAAGAAAGCUGUUGCCGUUUAGUUUGUAAGCCCUGCUCUGCUCUAGUGAAGUCUCGAAGCGCGCAAGGAUAGAAUUUAAGAGAAAAUGAUUGCCGAUAAGCGCUGCAUAUUGAGGAGAUGAUAGCAAAGAGAAAAACAGGGUCUAGAGUAGAUUUUGAUUCAUUCUUACAUUUAUUUCCGUUAUUUUAAAUUUGCACUGUAUUGAUGAAGGAGAGUCGUUGAGAAUAUUCCACGCCUGUUACUUGUACAAAGUUGCAUUUCAUGGUGUUUGCAUUACACAGUAUAUCAUUUUACAUAACUUUUUCAA